CUCCGGGCUGGGCCGGCCGCCUCCCGGGAGCCCGCGGACGGCUGCGAAGCGGAGGAGCGCUCGUUGCAGCACAUGCUGCGCGCCAUAGCCGAGGAGCGCGGACGCCUUAGCCUGCGCCGUGAGGUCUGCGGCCUGGGUUGCUUCAAGGAUGACCGCAUCGCCUUCUGGACCUGGAUGUUCUCCACCUACUUCAUGGAGAAGCUGGCUCCCCGGCAGGACGACAUGCUUUUCUACGUGCGCAGGAAGCGAGCCUACCCAGCCAGUGAGAGCACUGUCGAUGGAAGGAAGGCUGAGGCUGAGCCUGAGGUGGAGGUGGAAGUGUACCGGAGAGACUCUAAGAAGCUUCCGGGCCUGGGAGACCCUGACAUCGACUGGGAGGAGAGCGUCUGCCUGAACCUCAUCCUGCAGAAGCUGGACUACAUGGUGACCUGCGCGGUGUGCACGCGUGCCGACGGGGGUGACAUCCACAUCCAUAGGAAGAAAUCCCAGCAAGUGUUUGCCUCCCCCAGCAAACACCCCAUGGACAGCAAAGGGGAAGAGUCCAAGAUGAGCUACCCCAACAUCUUCUUCAUGAUUGACAGCUUUGAGGAGGUGUUCAGUGACAUGACAGUGGGGGAAGGAGAGAUGGUCUGUGUUGAGCUGGUGGCCAGUGACAAGACCAACACGUUCCAGGGUGUCAUCUUUCAGGGCUCCAUCCGCUACGAGGCGCUCAAGAAGGUGUAUGACAACCGCGUGAGUGUGGCAGCUCGAAUGGCCCAGAAGAUGUCAUUUGGCUUCUACAAGUACAACAACAUGGAGUUUGUGCGCAUGAAGGGGCCUCAGGGCAAAGGCCAUGCAGAGAUGGCAGUCAGCCGAGUGUCUACUGGGGACACAUCCCCCUGUGGGACCGAAGAUUCAAGCCCAGCUUCGCCCAUGCAUGAGCGGGUGACCUCCUUUAGCACCCCGCCCACCCCAGAGCGAAACAACCGGCCUGCCUUCUUCUCCCCGUCCCUCAAGAGGAAGGUGCCACGGAACCGCAUUGCAGAGAUGAAGAAAUCACACUCUGCCAACGACAGCGAGGAGUUCUUCCGGGAGGACGACGGUGGAGCCGAUCUGCACAAUGCCACCAAUCUGCGGUCUCGGUCCCUGUCCGGCACAGGCCGGUCCCUGGUCGGGUCCUGGCUGAAGCUAAACAGAGCUGAUGGAAACUUCCUUCUCUAUGCACACCUGACCUAUGUCACUUUGCCACUGCAUCGGAUCUUAACAGACAUCCUGGAAGUACGGCAGAAACCCAUCUUGAUGACCUAGUGUGUGUGGAGCCUGCAUGGAGCCCCGGCCCUGCCUGGCCCUGGGAAUGCUGCCAAGUGCCUACCUGUCACCGCCAACCGGGGUCUUCUGUGACAAGCCAGCACCGGAGCUACAGCCAGGCAGGGCCACUCGACUCCCGGGGCCAGGGCCGACUCCAUGAACACCAGCCCAAACUGAAGUGCCUCGUCGUCCUCCCUCGCUGGCUCUGCUCCCACCCUGUGCCCACGCUCAGCCCCCUUGGCCUAUCUCAGAGAGCUUUCUGCUCCCAAAGAGGGCCAGAGAUGCCAAGAGAUCAUAGAGGGCGUGAGGGGUUGCCAGCUUCCAGAAUGUUCUUAGACCUUGACCUUGGCUCCCGUAUCCCUGCUGGGGCUCUGUGCCAGGCCACUGUCUGCGCAUCCUACACAAAGCCAGUUGAAGAUUUUGUAAUGCAGUACUGACGAACUUCAGCUCAAGAGUCGGUCCCAACUUGUUCUCCCAUAGUUCUUGUCACAGUAGGUCCCAGCUGGGGGUCAGGGAACAUGAGCUGUUUGUCGGCUGGGAAUACCUCGCCCUAUGCCCAACUCCAGAAUGGGUCACAACCUCCAGCUGGGCAGACAGGCUCCGAUCCCCCAGAAUGGCCUUUGCUUCCAUCCAAAGAACACCGCCAACACACACACCUCCGACCCCGAGAUGUCCUGCUUCGAUCUCGGCUCUCCGGAGGGAUGCAGAAUUCUGUUCUGAAGGAAAGGGAGGGUACUUCUGCUGAGGGAUGUCUGAUGGGGACUGGGGUGGAAUCCUCCCGGGAAGGUUGUAGGCAGAACCACCCUGGGGCCAGAGCUUAGAGCGAGGCUGGUGCUGUCCCCUUUGCCCCGUGCUUUGGUCAGCAUGCUGGUCUUGUCUUCAGCCUGGCUCCCUAGGCAGAGAGGAGAGCAGGCUUCUCAUGAGUCUGCAGUGUCCUCAGUGGGUGCAGGUGGCUGUGUGGUUUAUCAGCCCAAGCCUUACCCUGGCGGUGUGCUCUGAGGCCUCCUCUACCCAACUGGAGUAAACUGGAAGCUGGGCCUCCUGUUGCUGUUGGGUUUAGUGCCCCAGAUGCAGAGAACUCAGCUGUGUACGUAGAGCUCAGCCCCUCUGGGUUGGAGUGCAGGCACAGGAGCAUGGCUCCUGUCUGGCUCCAUUCCUUGGUCUCUGGGAGUAGGCACUACUUUGGGACUUUCUCCAGAUUUUGUAUGUUGUUAUUAAAAGCGAGCUAUUGCAUUUCA